AUGUCAAUUCUCGACCCUUCAAUCCCGCCAGCCAAGCUCAAUGCUUCACCGCUGCCGCUGAAAUUCACCUUAAACGAUCUACACAUCCUCCAGGACGUUCUGCUGGCCUACAAGCUGCCCUUAGCAGUCAUUGCCCAUGUGGACUUGAACGCCUUCUAUGCUCAAUGUGAACAGCUACGUUUGGGCAAAUCUAUUGACGACCCUGUGGUAUGUGCCCAGUGGCAAUCGUUGAUUGCGGUUUCGUACGCCGCUAGGAAGUAUGGCAUUGGACGUAUGGACACUCUCCAGUCAGCGUUGGAGAAAUGCCCUGGACUCGUAGUUGGCCACGCUGCUGUAUUUAAGAAGGGAGAUACGCAUUGGCAGUAUUUGAAGGAAGCACCGGAUCAGGGAAUCCACAAAGUGUCGUUGGACCCAUAUAGAAGGGAGCUGAGAAAGAUCUUCAAGGUGAUGCUGCGAGAGUGUGACUCUGCAGAAAAGGCCAGUGUGGAUGAGUGUUACCUUGACAUGUCCAGGUUGGUACUUGGGGAGGCCAGGAAACGAUUCCCUGUUUUGGACAGUGUAUUUGAGAAACCUGCAAACUCCUCAGAGAAGCUACCGCAGGUCCCUGGCGCUGACGAUCCAGGCUACGACGGGCUCAGCUGGACUGGCCGAAUAUAUGAGACAGAAGAUGAAGCAAAAGUAGCAGAAUUGGAUCAACACUCUCAGGGUUCCUCCAAAAGAGACAAUUGCAGAAUCCCUCCGAACAUAGCCGACUGGGAUGAUCUUUUCAUGUUGAUAGGAAGCAUGCAUUUGUACCGAAUCCGAAAAUGCGUGUAUGACGAAUUAUCAUUCACCACUUCUGGUGGACUCUCGAAUACAAAGACUAUAGCUAAGCUCGCGGGCGGGUUCAACAAGCCGGAUUUCCAGACAGUUAUACGGCCAUCGCUGAUCUACAAUUUCCUCAAGAAUUUCGAACUUGCAGAUUUUACACUUAUGGGUGGUAAGGCUGGAGAAGUCAUCGUGGAGAAGCUCGGUGUGCCUCCAGAGCAGAACUCUAUCACAUAUAUACGAGAUAAUUACACUUUGGACGAAAUCAAAAAGAUGAUGCCUUCGGACGAACUGCUCAUGGAAAAAGUCUACGAAUUGGUGAGAGGUAUCAACAAGCAGGAGAUGAAGCCUCGAACAGUGGUGAAGUCAAUGAUGUCUCGUAAAAAUUUUCUUCCUCGAAGACCGGUCAAGACCAUGGCUGACGCUUACGACUGGAUCAAAGUUUACAUUGGUGACUUGUAUGGUCGACUCAUUGAGCUUGACGACGAGAACAUGAACCUCUCUAUGCUGCAAACAGGAGAGGACAAGAACAAAAGGUAUAUCUACAGGCCCCGUACCGUUAGCGUUCAAAUUACUACCCAGCUGUGGCUGAAGCAUUCUAGACAGACGCUGUUUCCUGUGUUGAAAUCUCUAGAUAGGCUUCGGCAUGCUUUGGAAGCAACUGGUUUCAAGCUACUUGCUGAGCUCUUAGAUGGCACCAAGGCUGCGGAUAUGAACCCCGAUAUCAAUUUCAAAGAGCUUAGACUCAACGACAAGCAUGAUCUCUCCAAGAUUGAUAUCCCAUCCCUUGCAAACAUGGGCCUUGUUAUCACAAACUUUGUGAAAACGUCCGACGCAAACCUUAUUGAUUCCUAUGGCGCAGGGUCUGACAAUGCGGAGAUCUCUACACAAGAGGCAAUAAAGCUAGCAUUUGAAAAAGCGCAAGAGUAUGAGCGUAAAAGUCCACCAAAAUAUAGUGAGCCACAAACAAAACCAAAGCACAAGCAGGAUUUGUCUUACGUGAGGAAGCUUUUUGAGGAUUACCACAACGAAGCCACUAAACAGCCUGAACCGAAGGAGAUCAAACCGGCUAAGCCAGUGGCUCAAUUUAAGGAAGAUAAGGAGUAUGUGAAGAAGCUUUUUAGUGAGUUUGAGCUGUCAAGUCCUUCUCCAGUCGCCGUUCAAAUUGAUACGAAAAAUCUGGUGAGUCUACCUUCGCGAUCCAAAUCACCGGAAGCAGCAUCAAAACCAAAACAGACCGAUUCUCUUUUGAAAGAACUCAUAAAGAAGCAAUAUUGCUCGCUUUGCAACAUCCCGGUGCAAGAUGUUUUUGAACACAAAGACUAUCAUGUUGCCCUUGAUCUAUCACUGAAACUCAACGGCGGUGCCAGUCCAGUAAAACCUCCCAAGACAGGCACGAGAUCCUCGCUGACGUCACCCAAAAAAUCCAAGCCUCGAGGAAACAAGAAACAAAAGCUUGAUAAAGGACAAACUCGUUUGCCCUUUUAA